GGAUAUGCUAAAGUGCGCACGCGCAAGUCAACGUCAGCACUGGAACCCUAAACAUACGUGGCUCUAGCUCUACGUGGACUGGUUUACAACUCAAGACAGUUGACAUUAUCCUCGGAGAAGGCAUCUAAUUGCUGCACCAGAAACCCUGAACAAAUCACUACCAAGAUGGACCAGAUAAUGCAGUUUGUGGAGCCCAGUAGGAUGUUCGUCAAGGACUCCAUCCGUCUGGUGAAAAGAUGUACCAAACCGGACAGGAAAGAGUUUCAGAAGAUCGCCAUGGCCACAGCGAUAGGAUUCGCAAUCAUGGGCUUCAUCGGAUUUUUCGUGAAGCUUAUUCACAUCCCCAUCAACAACAUCAUUGUUGGUGGCUGAACUGGUGAGCCUGACCAGUGCACCAUCAACCUGACCAGUGCACCCAUCUACUGGACCAGUGCACCCAUCUACUGGACCAGUGCACCCAUCUACUGGACCAGUUGUCUGGAAAUGGACCACAGGACAAAAGCGCCCUCCACCAUUAUUCUCCAAGCACCACAAUGUGUUGCUUUUCUGCUGUCCAUUCCUUUGGCUUGUAAAUAAACAUACAUUUUUUAAAUGUGUUGU